ACGGGGAGGAGGAGGAGAAGGGGGCCGCCGACCCCAGCCUGCGCAGCGGCGCGGCCGGGCCGCGGGUUCGUGUGGCCGCAGCAGGCCGGCCCCGCUCCUCCUCGCCCGGCCUCCCCUGUCCCUGCCUCCCUUCCCCGCCGUCCUCCUUUCCCUUCCCUUCCCUUCCUCCCCUUCCCUUCCUCCCUUUCCCUUCCCUCCCCGGCGGCCGCCGCUCUCCCCCCGCUGCCAUUUCCGUGCGGCUGGCCACCCUCUGCCGGCGCGGAGUGUGUCUGCGAGCCGUUGGCUGCUCCGAGCCGUUUGGCUCCUUCCCUUAGUAACAGCUUUUACAUUGUGCCUCAAUUCCUCCUCAAUCUAAAUCACACACACACACACAGAUAUUACUUUUUUUUUUUUUUUUUUUCCUUCUCCCCUCCUUCCUCGGGACUUAAUCUCUAAUCCCCCCCUCUUUCCCCACCCUCCCCCUCCCCCCGCUCUCUGGCUUGGGAUAUAAUUGAAUAUCACAGCACUAUUUGGUGCCUGGUGCUUUUUUUUUUUCUUCCUCCUGUGCGUGUGCGCUUUUUUUCCUGUUUUUUUUUUUUUUUUCCUCCUUGUGGACACCUCAGCUGAAAAAAAAAAAAGGCAAAAAAAAAAAAAAAAGACUUAUACAUAUCCGUGCGUACACACACACACAGAGACAUGUGCAUGUAGGUCCGUAUGGCUGUAUAAAAAAAAAAAAACAACAAAAAAAACAACCAACCACCACCACCAACAAAAAAAAAAAAAAACCAAGCACCACGGGAGCGGAGACAAACAAGGGGGAAUUUCUCUCGCCUCCGUGCCCGGGGGAAGCAGCCAGGCAGCCGCCACCCGCAAGCAUCACCCUAUUGUGGCAAGAGAUACCUGAAAGGAAAACUUCCUCAUAUCAAUGCACUGCCAAUGGUGGUGUAAUACCAAGGGCUGUACUGCUGCCACAUCACAAUAUUGUGGGGUUUCAGAGAGUAGUUCUGGGUUGUGUCCUUUGUUGUGACCUCAUGGUUUAACUGGGAAUAAAGAUGAGUAUAAGCAGUGAUGAGGUUAACUUCCUGGUAUAUAGAUACUUACAAGAGUCAGGGUUUUCCCAUUCAGCAUUUACCUUUGGUAUAGAGAGCCAUAUCAGCCAGUCCAAUAUAAACGGUGCUCUGGUGCCACCAGCUGCUUUGAUUUCCAUCAUCCAGAAAGGUCUGCAGUAUGUAGAGGCAGAAGUCAGUAUUAAUGAGGAUGGUACCUUGUUUGAUGGUAGGCCGAUAGAGUCUCUCUCACUGAUAGAUGCAGUGAUGCCUGAUGUGGUACAGACAAGACAACAGGCCUACAGAGAUAAACUUGCACAACAGCAGGCAGCAGCUGCUGCAGCCGCAGCUGCAACUAACCAACAGGGAUCAGCAAAAAAUGGUGAAAAUACUGCAAAUGGGGAAGAGAACGGAGCACAUACUAUAGCAAAUAAUCACACAGAUAUGAUGGAAGUAGAUGGAGAUGUUGAAAUCCCUCCCAACAAAGCAGUGGUACUGCGUGGCCAUGAAUCUGAAGUAUUCAUCUGUGCCUGGAAUCCCAUUAGUGACCUUUUGGCCUCAGGAUCUGGAGAUUCAACAGCACGGAUAUGGAACCUCAGUGAAAACAGCACAAGCGGCUCAACGCAGCUGGUACUUCGACACUGUAUACGAGAAGGAGGGCAGGAUGUACCGAGCAACAAAGACGUGACAUCACUGGACUGGAACAGUGAAGGUACACUUCUAGCAACUGGGUCUUACGAUGGCUUUGCAAGGAUAUGGACUAAAGAUGGUAAUCUUGCCAGCACCUUAGGGCAACAUAAAGGUCCUAUAUUUGCGUUAAAAUGGAACAAGAAAGGAAACUUCAUUUUAAGUGCAGGAGUGGACAAGACCACAAUUAUUUGGGAUGCCCACACUGGUGAAGCCAAGCAGCAGUUUCCAUUUCAUUCUGCACCAGCAUUAGAUGUUGAUUGGCAGAGCAACAACACAUUUGCUUCUUGCAGUACAGACAUGUGUAUUCAUGUCUGUAAACUAGGACAAGAUAGGCCCAUCAAAACCUUCCAGGGUCACACAAAUGAAGUAAACGCAAUCAAAUGGGAUCCAACUGGUAAUCUUCUGGCAUCCUGUUCUGAUGAUAUGACUCUAAAGAUCUGGAGUAUGAAACAAGACAGUUGUGUCCAUGACUUGCAAGCACACAACAAAGAAAUUUAUACUAUCAAAUGGAGUCCUACAGGACCAGGAACAAAUAAUCCAAAUGCCAAUCUUAUGUUAGCAAGUGCAUCCUUUGAUUCUACUGUUAGGUUAUGGGAUGUUGACAGAGGAAUUUGUAUUCAUACUCUGACAAAACAUCAAGAACCUGUGUACAGUGUAGCUUUCAGUCCUGAUGGCAGGUACCUGGCCAGUGGCUCCUUUGAUAAAUGUGUACACAUCUGGAAUACGCAGACAGGUGCCCUAGUUCACAGUUAUCGGGGAACAGGAGGGAUUUUUGAGGUUUGCUGGAAUGCAGCAGGAGACAAAGUUGGAGCAAGUGCUUCAGAUGGUUCAGUUUGUGUAUUAGACCUACGGAAAUAGCGCUACUAGUUGGAAGCCAUGGACCGACUAUGAAUGUGUACAUAGCCAAAAUGACUGUCCCUGACCCAUGUACUGCUAUAGUCCCAAUUGAACCAUGGCCAGUCCACUACAGCCAAACAAAAAGAAAUAUAUACAUAUACUGUAUAUAAAAAAAAAAAAAAAAUUACACCCUGAAGAGGAUGACAGAGUUUUGUCACAGCUUGUGAAUCCUGUUCACCAAGUGCUGGAAUCUGCUGUGCCCCAAAAUAACAUUUAAAUGUUUUGGAUAUGAAAAACAGAAGAGAGCGAGAGAGAGAGAGAAAUAUACCGUAUACAAGAGCAGACCCAUAUACAUACCAAAUUCAGAAGAUACUAAUGGCAGCCUUCAUUACCCCUUUUCCCCUCUAAAUCCAUUAUGACAAUGGAUUGUGGGGUAUUUUUUUUUCUUUCCUUCUCAGUAGUUGAGCAGUUUGUGUGUACAGAGAAAAUGGACUUACAGAAAUCUGCAGCAGUAGUUUUUUCUUUGCUUUUAAACAUUGGGUUUUCUGUUUUGUUUUGGUUAAGUUUACGGAUGCAUGAAGUAAGGGAGUGAAUUAGUUUCUUGUUUGUUUUUUUUUUCACCUUGAAAAAAAUGUUUCUUUGAAACGUAUUUUAAUGCAUUCUUUGAAGAGGUAGACUGAACCUGAUAAUGUUUGGUACAUUUUGUGGCUCCCAGAGCACAAUUGUGUGAACAGAGGGAGGGUGGAAAAGGGAUUAUGGAGAGAGAAGAAAAAAGCCUUCUUUGAGGCAUGAUACUUCACAUCCCACUAAUCUACGAAGUAUGACAGUAAUGGGUAUAAUGCUAUGUUUUAUUUUCUGGUGACAUGGCUGAAAUGCAGUAGUUUCUUAUUUGGGACAUAAUUCUGCCAAACUUAAGAAUAAAAGGGCACAAAUAUACAGAAAAAGAAAAAUACAGGGAUGCGCAAAAAAAAGACAAAAAAGAGGAGAAAAAAUGCAUCUUCUGUUGCUUUAAGACCAUAGCUAAAAUAUGGUUAAAUUGUGCACUAUUGUGGAAAGGAGCAAAAUAUAGCUGGGGGAUUUGUUUUUUUUUAAGAGGUUAAGAUCUUUCUGGACAAGGGUUCAUGCCACAGCUUCUCUGAGAGUUGGCCAUCGUUAUUUGUAGGAGCUUAGAUGUAUAAUUGUAACCAAACUCCAGUAUUAAAAGUAUCUCAUGUAAUUUUUCUUUAUUAAAAUAAAAUCUUUGGCAUAUAUUUGAUAACACUGCCAUUAAGAGGCAAAAUGUUUACUACCUUAGAUUUAAAAAAAAAUCUUAAACAGAGGACUUGCUUCAAGUUUAUUUUAAUAGCAGUGAUUCAGCUUAUUUAAAAGAUGAAUACUUGCACUAAUUCCCCUGCUGCUCCAGCCCUGCAGUUUAUUGUAUCUUGUGACUACAUUUUUUUCCAAAUAUAGGGUAGAUGUAAGCUGCUAUUUUUUUAAUAAUCACUACUAUAUAGUGUCUUUUACUCUGUUUACAAUAUCAAGUAUUUUUCUUACAAUGACAGAUGUAUAUGGCAAACCUUUUUCUGCUCAUGUGAUUAAAAGUAUACUGAUAGUGAUUUUAUUUGUAAAUGAUAGCAUGAGGUUGUGUUUACGCGUAUGUGUAGUUGAAAAGGUUGCAUCAUGUCUUGCAUAAGAUUCCAAGAGUGUAAAUUUAUAAAAAGAGAGGUUGUCAAAUUUAUGUCACAGGCAUUUUACUUAAGGAAUGGUUUAUAUUACAGAGCUUUACAAAGUUAUCAGUUUUAGAACACUAUUUCAAUCACAAAUAAUUUUGUGGCUUAUGAUUGGUAGUCUAAUUUUUUUCUCCCCCGCCCCCUUCCCCCAAGUUGCGUAUAAAUUGAUUUAAUCAAGGUAAUGCAGCUUUGACAUUUUAACAAUCGUUCUUUAGGCGUUCAUUUCUGCUAUUUCCAUGGAGUAAACACGACUUGAAGCAAGUCUGAGUUUGGCUAAGGUAGGGUAGCAAUUUGCCAGUGGUAAAGAGAAGUCGUCAAUACAUUCUUUAUAUAUACCCCAGGAAUAUAAUACUAUCGUAUACAGCAUUUAAAAUAACAAAAAGUCAUAUCCAUAAAGGCAGUCAUCCAUGAUGGUUCGGUGCCAGCUGUUUUUAGGGUUUUGGAACAUAUUACGAAUGUUUAGAGCAUACCCUGUGAGUUACAGUAUGUAGGAAACCUAAUAUAUUGAGUGUCUGGCACUUGAAAUAUUGCUUUUAUUGCUGGAGGUCCAUGACUGUGGCUGACCUCUGUCAUUAAUGAAAAAAAUAAAAAUAAAAAAAAUCUGUGCAAUAAUUUUAAACUGUGCUCCCAGGAAUAGACACAAAUGUUUUGAGUAUGUUUAAGCUGCAUUUUUCAUUUAGCAAUGCGUUUGUCAAUUGCACUGAAUUUAAACCUGAAAGUCAGAAGUGAUUCUUGAUAGUACUUUUGUAUUUUAAUAUGGACAGUUUAUUCAUUUUCAUAAAAGUUAUUGGAUGAUUCUUUCAGCCAAUCUAAACAAUUGCGGUGGAAUUCUGUGACAUAGCUGCAAAAUCACACAGCCAUGUUUUAGGGUAUUGCCAUUUUCCUCUUUCUCAAUCAUCAGCUGUUUUGGUUGUAAUUCUAGUUGCUUAAGCAUACUAUCACAUAUUCAUAAAUAGAUAAAACAGAGCUUCAGUAUCAGAGGUCUAGGGUUUUCAAGUGCUUGAAGCAUAGUCCAGCGAUGCCGGAUCUGUUGACGUGAGUGCUCUGGACGUGCAGGCUAACACCCCCAACCCAGUGUUAAUCAGCAGUGCCCCACUGUAGUGGAAUCCUGCCAGUUCCCAGUAGCGACGGGUCUGGCCACUAGGUAUUUUAUUGUUGUCCUUUACUAGCAUGCCACAGUGCUGCUCCUGCUCACACCUCUUCUCGCCUCUUGUUUUAUACACUGUUAAAUGCAUGCAUGCCAGGUGUGCUAGGUUCUGUGAUUCUGUGAAGCAAAAGAAAAAAAAAAAAAGAAAACCAUGACAUUAUUAUAUUUUAUAGCACAAAGACCUCGUAUUCAAUAGUGAGGUAGACUAUCCAAAUUGUUCCCCUAAAUUGAGUAUGCCAAACGUCAGUAAGACCCUAAUUUUGUAUAAAUGUAUGCACAUGCUUAAUCUUACCUACUGGUUAAUUCUGUUGCGCCUGUUUUCUGAGUGUAAAGGCAAAUGUGUGCAUAAGCCUUUGCACACAUUGAAGUUAGUAUCUUUUUCAGUUCAACACGUUAACGGGCAAAUAUCCAAAUAGAGAAUAAAAGGAAGGGGAAAAACUGGGCUCAGAGUUAAUGAAGGAAUAAGAAAGGAACUGCUCUCGAGUUUGCUGUCUGUCCGUGCUGUUUCUCAUUUCUGCAUAAUGAGGUCCAGGUUUCUGUAGAGUUCCUCUUUUUCUAUUUUACUUUUUCUGUGUUUUUAAAUUGAUGUAAAGAUUCCCAACCAGUGGACUUUCUGGUGUAGUUAAGAGAAUAUCUAGGUCCUCAUAAAAGCUUUUUUUGGAUUCUUUGUAAUGUUGAUAAACUCAGUUUAUUCUGGGACUACAAUUGUGCAGGGUUAUUUAGCGUGUCUACUAGAUGAUUGGAAAUCUUAUGUGAAACACUAAAAGUGCCUCUUUUUCUGGGUUGGGUGGAGGGAGGUAAUAGUUACCAGAGUCAGAAUGACAUGGCAUUUUGAAGCAUGUUUCUUGAUUUCAUGACACUUUAAUGCAUCUUGAGAGAAAGGCCAAAGAUUUCUACCAAUUUUAAUUAAUUUUCAUUUUAAAAGCACUCCUUUUUCCUUACACUGCUUACCUCAUGCUAGGGUAUAUUUAACGGGACGUUGUACCUUUGAGAUGUUCUUUGUGUUUAGGAAGACUAGUAGGGGGAAUAGGGUGGCUGUGCCAGUUUGCCCACAGAGCAGCCUUAGCAGCUGACACGUUUAGUUCUGCUGAAUGAAGGAGUUUCAUUAAAACUGCAAACUGGGUUUUUCAGCGUGUAAAUAAAGGUUGUGUGUUUUUGUCUGUUUAGCAAAGAGGAGCCUUGGGACCCAAUUUUCCAAUCUUGACUCAAUCAGAAAUCCCAUUGUCUUUCACUUCGUGAGAAAACCUUGCCAGAGUAAGCACUGGAGGCUUGGGGUCCGUGUCACACCGUACGUACAGCAUGCUGCUCAGGGCGAACGAGCCUCGUCUCCCCGGGGCUUCAGCAGGGGCUUUGCCGGAGCAGGGCUGCCGGCUUUACCCCAGCGUUCCUUCCCAUUGACGAGCCGUAUCUCCCAACUUCACAAAGCCCUGUAGAGCCGUUCCCCAGCGGGAUCGGUUUCGCACUCUCCAGAAGUCUGAAGAAAGCAGAAGCAACAUUGUGGCAUGUUAGAAGCAGAUAAGGCUUCGGGAGGCAGCAGUAAAUCUCCAUCGAGAUCCCUGACAUUUUCCGUAGGGAGAGAGCCGUGGAGCAGCCUUCACUCCUCCCUCUAGAGAAAGCUCUGAAAUAACCACGGUCUGUGAAAGUGUGGCUGUCUUCGCUGUCAGUCUGGUCGAAGGCAGGCAAAACAGGAAAAUCUGCCGUUUCUUACGGAUUGCAGAUUUAGUGUUAAUAGUGCUUCAGAUCAGUAGCUUUGAGUACAUACUCUCUUUCUCUGCCUUUAAGUUUGAAGCUUGACAAUAACUUGAGGCAUGUUUUCUUUUUUUCUUUUUUUUUUAAAUAAUCAUUCAUUUUUACUUCAUGAUGUUUUUUGACAUUUGUGGGUAAAUACAAGAAAACAGUCUGCAUGUUGUUGCUAGUCCAGUGUACUUUGCAAUCUUGUCCUCAACAGACUGCAGUGUGCAGAACAGUAAUUCUAGAAUACAGAAGUAAUUUUCUCUCUCUCCUGACAUUGACAUUGUAGUUGUAAUGGUUUCAUUUGGAGUUACAAAUCCUUUGGGUCUAAUUCUGUGAGCCUACCUAUAGCACUGGAUUAAAAUGUCUGCAUCAUUUCUUCAGUUAUCCAGUUAAAUUACAACUGUUGUAAAAGUGUAAACCAGCCCAUGACAGUUUUUUGUACUUGUUUAAAGGACUUUUAUUGUUCAGUUUUCAUGAUUAUUGUCUAAAGAAGACUGAUAUAGAUGUUCUAUACUGUCCUGGACCAUGUUAAUUACACUUUAUGAUGUAUUUUGGUUCUACAUCACAAUGAUUUGUCCCCAAGGCCCUUAUAUCCCUUCUAGGCACAUUUUCUGUUGCAGUUUCCCUUUGCAUUGUAUUGCUUUGACAACUGUAAUUUGAAUCAGAUCUGAAAGAGGUCCAGAAUAAAAUAUAUUUUGAUAUU